UUGUCUUGUACAGUUUGCUCCCUUUUAUUGGCGGCCAUAUUUGAAUGCCUGAACCAGAAAGCCAGAAACUUCUCUUUCUCUACUGACAAACAACAAGAAGAGGCAGACCCUUUUCCAUUCUAACUCCUCCUCUACCAUCCUGGGGUUUCUCCACAUAUACAAAAGAUGUGUGCUUUUUUCCUCAGAAAUGGUUCUAAAGCCCACCAUUUAUGGAGAAGACCCUCCAUUGAAUCUUGGAAUAUCAAGAACCAUAUUGUUCAUCACCAACUUCAACAUUCUAAAGUUUAUUCACGAUUACCUCAUUCUUUUUACAAGAAAACUAAGGAAUUAGAGUUGUCAAAUCCCACUUUUCUCGCUUUCUUUUCAGGGAUUUCAUCUUCUGCUUCCAAAGUUAGGUUUGUGGGAUGGUACUUAGAAAAACUCAACUCUCGACCCAUUAUCACCAAGACUAUCACUUGCUGCCUUAUUCUUACUACCGCUGAUUUUUCCUCUCAGACAAUUGCUGGCUCAUUGAUGCAACAGUAUGAUCUCACACGAACAUUGCGGAUGGCUGGUUAUGGAGCGCUAAUUGUUGGACCUUCAUUACAUUUCUGGUUCAAUUUCCUGUCAAGGUGCUUUCCAAAGCGUGAUGUCAUAACAACAUUUAAAAAAAUAGCUUUGGGACAAACAGUUUAUGGCCCUGCAAUUAACUCGGUUUUCUUCUCCAUGAAUGCUGUAGCGCAAGGUGAAAGUAGUUCAGAGAUUGUUGCCCGACUCAAGCGUGACUUGGUUCCCACCAUUGUCAAUGGUCUUAUGUACUGGCCAAUAUGUGAUUUUAUUACAUUCAAGUUUGUUCCUGUUCAUUUACAGCCGCUUGUGAGCAACUCAUUUUCGUACUUAUGGAAUGUGUACCUGACCUACAUGGCAAGCCAACAGAAAGUCUCUAUGACAUGAUUCUAUACUAAUCACGUAUGAUGUCUUCUCUGCUAACAAUUCAUAUAUUCUUCAUGCUAACAAUCUGGAUGGAGGCACGACUUUGGAGUGAUUUUUAUCUCGGUGACAUGUUAGUGUGGCGGAGCAGAACUUCUCCAGAAGACGGAGGCCAUUGAAUGUGUUAUUUAAGAGUUGCUCAGACCAUCAUGGGUUCUUUUAUGUAUAUCCUAGUUCUAGUUACAGAAAUAGCAUAUUACAACACUUAUCAGCUUUCACGUAAGAGCGAUAUUUGACUAUAUAGAGCAGACACAGUUCAAAUUUUGAAGAUUUUGCAAUUGUAUCCUCAUUCUCAACUUCACUCCAAGUUGACUAUACAAUUUAUUAUUGUACCACGUUGUUCUGAAUAUUGAAGAUGUAUUUGCAGCAGGCAUAUAGUUCUGAUAUCUCUCCCUCUCUAUCCUAUUAAGCUUGUAAAAGUAACAGGAAAGGAAAUAAACUAUUGUUGGCACAUUAAAACAGUUGAAUCUUACCCCCUAUAACACAGAAACUCAUUAAACAAUGUUUAUAUUUUACUGUUAACGUGAGUAAAGCAUUCAUUUC